AUGUCUUCUUUGCUUGUAAUAACACUUUGUUCCUUAUUCAUAGUAACAUUAGCCAAUGUUCCUCCUUCCAAAACCUUCAAGUACAUAAAUGAAGGCUCAUUUGGCGAAUACUCCGUUGAAUAUUUUGCAGAUUAUCGUGUGUUGGACAUUGUCAACUUCCCUUUCACCCUUUGUUUCUUUAAUUCUACUCCAAACACCUUCAUACUUGGGCUACGAAUGGGUCAUCGUAGAUCUGAGUCCAUUAUGCGAUGGGUCUGGGAGGCUAAUCGUGGUAAGCCUGUCCGCGAAAACGCCACUCUAACGUUUGGUACUAAUGGGAAUUUGGUACUAACUGAUGUCGAUGGCACGGUAGCUUGGCAUACCAAUACUGCCAACAAAGGUGUAACAGGGCUAAAACUUUUGCCUAAUGGCAACUUGGUUUUACAUGACAAAAAUGAUAGAUUUGUUUGGCAAAGUUUUGAUCACCCAACGGAUACACUUUUGGUGGGCCAAAGUUUAAGGGCUAAAGGCCCAUCUAAGCUUGUUAGUAGAAAGUCCAGUAAAGAACCUGUUGAUGGGCCUUAUAGUUUUGUCCUAGAAGGGAGACAUUGGGCCAUGUAUUAUAUAAGUGUAAAUUCACAAAAGCCUUUACCAUAUUUCAAAUCAGAUGAUUUUGGUAAUGGGAAAGGCUCUUUAGCCAAUUUUGAUUUCUAUUGUGAGCCAGAAUAUGGUGAAAAUUAUGCUUUUGAGCUAGGAUUUAGGAUUAACAUGACCAAUUCUCCUAGCUCUGGUACUUCUAUAUUUACUAGGCCCAAAUACAAUAGUACAUACACUAUGUUUAGAGUUGAUAUGGAUGGUAAUUUAAGAAUGUACACUUAUGAACCAAAUGUUGAUUGGGGAGCAUGGGAAGUCACAUAUCGACUUCUCGAUAGGGACAACGAUGGAAAAAGUGAAUGCAAGCUACCGAGGAGGUGUGGAUCAUUAGGCGUUUGCGAGGAUAGCCAGUGUGUGGCGUGUCCGAGCCCUCGAGGCUUGAUUGGGUGGAGUAAGGGAUGUGCACCACCAAAGUUGCCAGUAUGUAGGGGAGGAUCAAAUGUGGACUAUUAUAAGGUGGAAGGAGUUGAACAUUUUACUAGUGAUUAUAAUGAAGGAGUUGGGCCUAUGAAAAUAAGUGAAUGCAAAAAUAGGUGCAACAAAGAUUGCAAAUGUGUGGGCAUUUUCUACAAACAAGAGUCAUCAAAGUGCUUGGUUGUACCUGAGCUAGGGGCUUUGGUUAAAGUGGAAAAUUCCUCCCAUGUUGGCUACAUCAAGAUCUCAAAGUAGAUGAAGUUAUUACUGAUUUAUAUUUAUAUCAAGCAAGCAUGUUAUAUUUUUUAAAUUUCAGUAAUAAUAAUGUAACUU